CGCGCUGAAAUGCUAAAUUAGGACUUCCUCUGCUCCUCAGUGAACCGUCUCCCGAUGAAGGGGGCCACGACCGGCAGCAUCAUCGGCGCCAUCAUCGGCGUCAUCAUCCUCCUGGCCCUCAUCGCCACCGCCGUGGUGAUGAUCCGGAAGCACCGCAACAAGAGCAAGGACGUCGAUGGACCACCUAAUUACAAGCCGCCCCCUCCCAACAAGACGGGCGGCUCCGUCGAACAUCUGGCCGCCAGUCGGGAGAACGUGACCGAGGCCCUGCCGCUGAACAUGUACUACGAGACCAACGGCGAGCCCGUCACCAACCUGGAUGGUUACAGUGAUGAGGAACCCGGGUACAAUGAUGACUCUGGUCACGAGGGCGCCCCCUCUGGCCUGGAGGAAUCGGCGCUGCACCCUAGGGAUGAGGUGCCCGAGGAACACCUGUACGUCACUCCCAUUGAUGUGGAUUACCCGGGCGGGGAGGAGCAUCAGGGCGGGGAGGAGUACCCGGGCGGGGAGGAGUACCGGGGAGGUGAGGAGUACCGGGGAGGGGAGGACGAGGCCGAGCCGAACCCCGCCCCCUCCCGCGGCGACAGCUUCAUGUCCCCGGCCAUGUACGUGUAGACCCGGACGGCAAACACGCCCGCUACCACCCGCCACCCGCGUCACUGUGGCCCGGCGAUAUAUGUGACAGCUGGAUAUAUGUGUGUGUCUACUGUACACGGGCUUCAUUACAACAACACCAUCUGGACAUCGAGGCGGGCGCACAGCGUCUACCCGUAUCUACCGAAAUACACCUUCUUAACGUGUGCCUGCGAAGCAGAUUUGUGAAAGUGCCAAAGCGCGCGUUUUUGGACAGGCCCGUCAUUUCUGAUUUACUUUUUUUUCUGGGCUCGUUACGAGAUUAAACGCGACGGGGAAAAACGUGCUAACGGAAUGUUGAAUGUGAAAUGCUAAUUUUGUGCGCGAGCGGAUACUAGCCUGAGGAGCCGCUGGCGUUCUGAGAUUUAUUUUUUCUUGUUUCCUGACCCUCGUUUAUAGGAACUUAGCGGCCAAAAAGAGAUUUGUAUAUUUUGUGAAUAGGCGGACGUGACUGUUACUGUGGGGCGGUGAGGGUGCGGGUGUGCAAUGGAGCGAGCGUCGUGGUGCGGUCCGGUCCGUGCGGUUCUGUGCAAUGGGCCUCGUAUUAAUCGCCACCGGCCGCUGGCUCCCAGAGGCCUUUGCUGUUUCGUUUGAGUCCGAACCGCAGCCUGCUGGUGGCGCCUGCUCGCACUGGGUCUGCAGCACCGCUGGGGGGGGGGGGGGGGGGGGGGGGUUCGUCCGCCCGUCCGCUCAGGCUGCACCGCGCCCGAUAUGGAGUCUAAACCAGGCCACCUUCUGUGAGCGCACAAGUGUUUCCCGUCUCUCAGAUAUCCGACUCCAUUGUUACUGGGGGGUGCAGUCCUACAUAUUUAUUUUUUUAAUGGGGGGGGGGGG